AUGAUUCUUUUUUAUCAGAGAUCAUCGUGUAAAAAGCUAAUCUGGAAAUUGUUUUUAGAAAUGCAUCCAUCAAAUCAGCAACCAGGAAUUUAUGGUUUUAAUGCUGCUGCUCCACCAAUGUCUCAAUUUCCGGGUGGAUUUGGAAAUUUUAUGAAUUAUGCGGCUGCUUAUGGACAGCAAUUUCAAGGAGGCCCUGCCUAUCAGCCUAACAACUUUAGUCAGUCAUUGCCGCCUCAAAAUCAGCCUCACUACAUUCCUCCGCAGCACUCUCAAGGAGGAUUGGUUCGCAAUUUGCGUACAGUUGAACUUCCGUUUUAUGAUCUUUUUAAGGUAAUUGUCCCGAUGACAGAACUUCCAUCUUAUCCUGUUCCAACUCGUCCUGGUGAAGGUCGUUUCUCUUGUACUUUUGGUGUCUCCGCAGACGAUAUUGGUAAAUUGGCAUAUCCUGAGGACCAAAAACUGCCGAGAUAUGAGCUUCAGUUACGAAUGUUUCUUUUGGAAAAUUCCGAGGAACAGCCCGAUGCUUUUCCUCCAGGCUCUGCAGUUCGAUUGGAUGAUUUUAAUGUUAAUCUUCCUGCAAUUAUACCAACAAACAAACCAAAUGCCGAACAUAAGCGUUAUUCUCGACCGGUGAAUAUCACCCCUUAUUGUAGACCGCCUCGUAGUAAAGAUCGUCCACAUCGUCUGAAUUUUGAGUGGAAUGGCGAUAAACGUGCUUGGGCUUUUACGGUUUUGCUUGUUAAACGGGUUAAUUCUGAUAUUCUUCUUGCACGUAUUCGUGAAAAUCCGAACGCAUCACGUCCAGCUUCUACCACUAGAGAUAAUAUUAUUCGACGUCUCAGUGGUGAUGAAGAUGAUGUUCAAAUGGAUUCUUGCAAGAUUUCUCUGGUUGAUCCGCUUGGUCGUAUGCGCAUUAAAAUUCCUUCUCGUGCUGCCGAUUGUACUCAUUUACAGACCUUUGAUUUAUACAACUAUUUGAUGAUGAAUGAAAAGCGACCUGGUUGGAAAUGUCCAGUUUGUGACAAGAAUGCCAUUUACUCUAAAUUAAUUAUUGAUAAAUACUUCGAAGAUGUACUUAAAAGCGUCAGCAGUUCUGUUGAAGAGAUUGAAUUACUCCGUAAUGGUUCAUGGGGUCUUCCAAAGGUCAAUGAUACAAUUUCUUUGUGUAGUGAUGAAGACGCUGCAAUGGCUGAUGCUGACGAUGAUGAUAUCAUGAUUGUGGAUCCUGCUAAAACUAAGCCAUCAAAAACUGUUGAUAAGAAAAAGACAGACAGUGUUUCAACUGAAAGUGUCGCUCAUCAACAAGAACCACCGCAACCAACUGUGAUUAUUCCAAAAACGUCGGUUACUGAACCUAAACAACAACGAACCUCAUCUUCUAAUACAUCGAAUGCGCCAAAGAAGAAACCGGUCAUUCCUGAGGAGGAUAUCAUUGAGCUAAGCAGCGAUGACGAGGAUGACAGACUGGCUACCGCAAUUAGUGUCUCGCAGCUUAAUGAUGCCUCUGCUGCAGCAGGUACGCCAAACAGCAAUGCUUCUGGUGGUGCUGGAAGUGGUGGAGGAGGUGGAGGUGGAUCCGUGAAUAUUGGCCAAUCGCCGCAGAGCCACGCUACCCGACGAGGUGGAGUAUCAGGAACAGGGGGAAGCAACAGUCACAAUGAUACUCGCCAAUCAAACGGUUAUAAUAGCAGCACAAGUAAUACCAGUACCUCAUCUGCCACACCUCCUUUUCUUCACAACAACAACGGACAACUACCGGGUAUUUUCCGACCAUCAAUUGACGAAGUGGCAAGAACUAAGGUUGCACAAAAUUUGGCCAAUUUUUUGCAGAAUGUCUACACCAAAAACAAAAGUAGCCAACAACAAUGUGGCCCUCCUUUCCGAAGCUCUUGA